AUGGUGGUCGAAGAGCCCGGAUUUAGCGUCUCUCAGUGGGCCGGUGUUUUCGAUCUCCCUAAGAUCAUUGCCGAUUUGCGUUGUGCCAGGGCAACAUCCAUCAACAAGAUCAUGGAAUCUCCAAGUUUAGAUGAGUUUUCCCUCGACAGCACGGAGAUCUUGUGGAAACCAACCAUGGACGUUCUUCUCGAAGAAGAGGAAAUCAAGUCCAAAGCGCGCGUCGGAUACUCGUCCAACGGCGAGAGCUUGGGCUGUUACGUCCUAGAACGAAUCGUAAAGCCUAUGACGUACCAACCGCUGCACAACUCAGUGAAAGAAGGCCCCUCUCUGAAGAUGACUGGGCUGCUGCUGGUGAUGAUCAAGGCACCCUCCCUGACGUGGGCGAGGAAGCACUGCUCCUGA